AUGUCCGGUCCCGGUGUUGGUUUCCAGUAUCCUCCGCAAGAGGUCAGCUGGACGAAACGCGAUGCGCUGCUCUUUGCCAACUCAAUUGGCGCGACCGCCGACGAGCUUCACUUUCUCUAUGAGCUUGCACCCAACUUUUCCGUCUUUCCCACCUACCCAAUUAUUCUCAGCUUCAAGGGCACCAACCAGGAAGUAAUCGACUUCUACGCAGCCCAAAAGGCGACUCCCAUCCGCGGCGUGCCCGAGCUCGACCCCACCCGGGUCGUCGACGGCCAGCGACUGAUCCAGUCCUUCAAGCCCCUCCCCACGUCCUCUGCCGGGCGCAAGUUCGAGGUGCGCAGCACGGUGCAAGGCGUGUACGACAAAGGCCGCCCGGGCACCGUGGUGGAGACCCAGACCGACCUGGUCGAGGUGUCCACGGGUGAGGUCUUCAGCCGGGUCAGCUCGUCGUCCUUCUUCGUUGGCCAGGGCAACUGGGGCGGUCCCAAAGGCCCCGCGACCACGGCGCUGUUGUACCGGCUUAAUGGAGACUAUAACCCGCUGCAUGCGGACCCGGUGCCGGGGCAGAAGAUGGGGUUUGGCGGGGUGAUUAUUCAUGGGCUGUACUCGUGGAACUGGGCGGCGCAUGGGCUGUUGCAGCAUUUGGGGGGCAGUGACCCGGCCAAUAUGCGCGAGUACCAGGCGCGGUUUGCGAGCCCGGUGCGGCCGGGGGAUAAGCUGGUUGGGUCGGCGUGGCGGACGGGAGAGAAGCAGGGGGAGUGGGAAGAGGUGCGGUUUGAGGUUCGCGUGGAGGGCGGUAAGGUGUGCUUGAGCAAUGGGCGCGCGCUGAUCAAGUGCGUUGCACCGGCUAAGGGGAAGUUAAUGACCGCUCCCGCGCAGAUAGGGGAGCGCCGCUCGUACGACGGCGCGCUCUGCACUGUGAGAUACGUGGGCGAGGUCGCGGGCACAACGGGCAUCUCCAAAUCCCCCACAGCAGCAUCUUUUGUCCGCCCCACCCGAUCACCAGAUGCCCCCCAGAGCUUCCUCUCGGCGCUAAACCUCAAGUAUGCCGGUGAUCCGGAGCAUGAUAAGAAGAAUCCGCCCCGGCAGAUCAAGUUCUCGGGGAAAAUUGCUGAGGAGGUCGGGUUCGAGAAGAUCCGCCUGCAGCAGGCUCGUUUGGAUGAGCUGCAGUUUGUGAUACUUGAUGGCGCGCAGCUGGCUGUGGCGACGGACGGUUCUGGGGAAGAGGGAGAAGGUCUGUCGAUUGGGAGGGUUUGUCCUAAGGUGUUGGAGUUGGACUUGAGUCGGAACUUGUUUGAGGGCUUUGGGCCUGUGGUGAGGAUUUGCUCGGAGCUGAGGCUGCUGCGGAGUUUGAGGGUUAAUGGGAAUCGAUUCAAGAAUGUGCUCAACGACGAGGUGCUGGCUUCAGCCGGCGAUGCGUUUGCGGGUGUGAAGGAGCUUGCCCUCGAGGAUACCCUCCUAUCCUGGGAGGAGAUAUGUCACAUCGCAUCCAAGUUCCCGUCACUCACCACGCUCCAUGCCGGGUCCAACCAACUGGAGACCCUGGUGCCAAUACCAGCUGAUGCUCCGUUUACUGCUACGCUCACAUCUCUGCAUCUCGAAUUCAACGACUUCACUUCCCUCUCCGAUCUCGCCCCGCUUGCCUCGAUCUCGACCCUUCGCAACUUGCUCCUGAAGGGCAACCGUGUUGUUACGAUCAAUGCUGCACCGUCCACCGAGCCGCCAGUUUUUGGUGAUAGCCUGCACUAUGUCGAUCUCUCUUACAACUCCAUCGCCACUUGGCCCUUCGUCGAUACCCUCCCAGCCACCUUCCCCGCGUUGACCUCUCUGCGCCUAACCCACAACCCGUUGUACGCCAACCCGGAUCUCGACGAGUUCACCCCGGCCAUUACCACAACCACAACCACGGAAGAUACCAACGGAGCGCAAGACGGACAAGAACAAGACUCCUUCCCCCGAACCCAGCGCAUCACAUCCGCCAGCAACACCACCACGGCUAAAAAAUCCGAAGAAGCCUACAUGCUAACCCUCGCCCGUCUCCCAUCCCUCCGCGUCCUCAACUUUAGCACCGUGACCGCCGCCGACCGCGCCGACGCCGAAAUGUUCUACCUCUCGCGGAUCGCUCGGCAGCUGGCUGCUGUUCCUGCCGACCCGGCCGCCGAGGCGGACGUGCUGCGCCAGCACCGGCGCUGGGGGGAAUUGUGUGAGAUUUAUGGGGAGCCGGUGGUUGUGAGGAAGAGUGGGGAGGUGGAUGCGGGGUUUUUGGAGGCGAGGUUGAUUCGGGCGGAGUUUACUAGUUAUGAUUUGGAUGAUGGUUUGGGUGAUGAGAGCGGGGAUGGGGAAAGGGAGAAGAAAACGGUGGUGAUUCAAGUACCAAUGUCGUUUGAUAUCUAUGCGGUCAAGGGGAUUGUGGGGCGGGCAUUUGGGCUGAAGCCGUUGGGGUUGAGGCUGGUGUGGGAGACGGGAGAGUGGGAUCCUGUGGGUGGGUUUGAUGAAGGGGAUGGGGAAAGUGAGGAGGAGGAAGAGGAAGAGGAAGAGGAAGAGGAAGAGGAAGCACCGGUGGUAGGGUGGAAACAAGGAGAGGGGGGGGUCGAAGCGGCAAACGGGGGAGCAGGGAGCGCUGGGAGAAAAGCCGGGAGAUGGGUCAAGCGUGAGGUUGAGUUGAGGGACGGGCCGCGGCAGUUUGGAUAUUGUGUUGAUGGUUUGGAGGCGAAGAUCAGGGUGGAGAGAAGGUAA